GAUCCCACUUCUCCUCUUCCUCUUGCUCCCUUUACUCCCCCUGCUCAUCAUCGCCCCCAUGACCUUCACUCGACCGUCUCCCGACAGCUGAUCAUGGUCCAACUCAGGCUGUCUUCUCCUUCCUGUCGCUGUCAUGCGUCCGCGAGAACAGCCUCCACCGUCCGCCUCCCAUACCACCCGUUCUCGACGCUCACCGGUCCCAGCUAUGCCUCUGUCUGCAGAUAGGCAGAGGCUGAACGGCUCGAAACCCCUCACACCGGCUCUGUCUUCCAACUUCCGGAAUGGAAAGCCAGGGCUGACCCCCAGGCUCGCUGGUUCUGGGUCUGGGUCGACAUCCCCCUCCGUUGCCUCUCGAAAAGAACCACUUGUCCAAGUACGAUCUCGAUCUCCCGGCAAGAACAAUGAGAGAGAAGCCACUCCGCUCUCCACCAACAUCACUCCAAGGUCGGGGGCGAGAAGUUCUCGAUAUGGCACCGAGUCUCCCUCCACUCCAGCUCCUGUCAGGCCACUGAACCACCACUCGGGGCUAAAUCCUUCCCCGCCGGACACCAUUUCCCAGGCGCACCCGAGACACCAUGCUGGUAUUGGAAUAAGUACACCACGUUUGAACAUGAGUACACCCUCUUUGCCGAAUCCAAACAUCGCCUCUGCUCCGGCCAUAACCCAACGAAGGAUUUCCGCCGCGAAGAGCAUGGUAGAGGGCACCCAAGAAGCCUCCUCUUCCAAGUUCUUCCACGCCAAUCAAGUUAAACCAAACCUUGGUUCGCCCCGUAUCGACUCGACAUAUCAGCCUCCCCAUGCCCCAGGCCGCUUCUUUGUUGGAUCUCCGCCGCUGGCGACCGUUCCAUCAGCCCCUCAAUCGCCUGUUAUUCGGCCCCCAGAGCAAGAUGAUGCGAAGUUCUUCCGUGCAGAUGAUAUACCUCAACAGCAUCCACCCAAACGACCCCUCCAGCCAUUCGUUAAUCUGGAUCACGUCUCCAUCGAGCCUUCCGCAGAAAUAUCUUAUACACAGCAGAAUCACAAUUCUCGUUCUCCUCACGCCACACCCCCUCAUUCUCCCGUUAAAACUCAUCAUUCUGGUUUCGCACACAUGCCAUCCUCUCCGCCAAAGAGCCAACUGAAGUUUGAGCACGCGGCACCACCAUUUUCCCGCGCUUAUACCGAUCGUCCUAAAAGCAUCACUAGCCGCGCUGCUCUGCUAGAAUCUGCGGACCAGAACGGGCAUAAGAAGUCGACCAGUGCAAGCUCCAUCACCAAUUCAUCCUCUAGGCGGCUAAGUGGGCCCAGAUCAGCUCCUCCACAACCUCUUGAUAUUCAGCCAGCCACUCUUUCAGGUUCUCCGCGGAUUGCAGGCGUCAACAUGCUGUCUCCGGAGGCUUUGAGUCCUCGAUCCAUCAGUCUCACAUCGUCAAACACGAUGCCAACAUCUGCCAAUAGCGACGCUGACUCCUCCGACAUUUCCAAACUUUCUGGCCGUCCCAAUAGCAUGCCAGACCAUCCCACAGAGAGUGUCUCAUCCCCACAGCCUCAACUUGAUGGAGCAGCCAAUGCACGGCGCGAACGAAAAGUUCUGGAUUUGGAGAUCUCAAAUUCGUCAUUAUUGGCCAUCAACAAGACGCUAGAAAGGGAACUUCGGAAGCAGAGUGUUGAACUUCGUCGAUUCCGCCGACUCUCACGGUCUGGCAGACUAUCACUCGCCCCCACAACCCGAAGUAUCUCUGGUCAGUCGGCAUACAGUCUUGACACGGUCACUGAGAUGGACGGGGACGAGCCACAUCUGUCUGAUGGAGAAGAUGAAAGCGACUUUGAUGACUUUGACGACGAAGAUGGUUCGAUCCUUUCUAAUGAAUCAGGCUCUCUGACAGGAUCGUCGGCACGGUCUCGACAGCGAGCACGUGAUGAAAAACGGUUGAUGCUGGACCUUUCUAAGCAUCAGCAGCUAUUGAUCGAUAGUCAAAAAUUGAGUCAAAGCAUUAAAAGGUGCAUGACAUGUACAGAGGAGCUAAUUCGCGACGGAAAUAAGGCUCUAGAGUAUCGAGUGGGGAUUGGCGAUGUCAAGUUGGGAGGACGAGUACUGAACGACGAAGAGUUGGACGAGAGAGGACUCGAUCAAGGGACUGACGAGAUUGAAUUCGGGCGCGGACUCCUCAGCCCAAGCCUUGCCCAAAGUCGACUCAAUGAAGUACAGACUUGGGAUGGGGACGGGUUGAGGACAAAUUCCUCCGGUGCAUUCUCGGAACUAGAGGAGUUGACUAAUAUACUCGACUCAGCAGCCACCGAAAUUUCAGGAUAAAGGUAUUAGUGUGGAUCCUAAAGACUCGGCACGAUGGAGAUAUACAAAGAUUGCAACAACAACAACAAGACACCAUUCCACUUACGAAAGUUGGUCUGGAUUGACGAAGCUACGAAGAAUCAGACGAGUGUACCGGAGUCGAGGAGUGUUGGUGUACAUUGCAUAUUGAGGUGAACAUGUGUUGGGACGAUGACAGCGGCCCUGAAGAUAUAUGAUACCCGUCAUGGCAAUAGAUCUGGUCUUCUCUGCUCAUAUAUCAUCUCGAAUUGAUUAAUUCUACUGUGACCUUCUUGGU